AGCUCGCGCCUAGUGUUAUCCAUUCCAAUCAUUUUGAUUUUGAAUGCCAUCGAUUUCUCUACAGGAUUUAAAAAUCAUAAUUUGAUGCCCCUCUCAUGGUUCAUUGUUUUAUUAAUCUAUCAGGCCCACAAUACUAGCUCAACAGCGCAAAUACAGGGUCAACAAAAUGUACGAAGUAUUAGCUAACUCGGUAGCUUACUACUGUAGCUGGCUACCAGGUGGUACAUGCUGUGCUUUGGAGAGUGUUUGGAUCAGCAACAGAAGAGUACACCCAGGCAGGAAUAAUGUACCAAUUUGCUUACAUGGAGAAGCCGACUGUGGUCCGUUUCCUAGAUUCAGACCUACCCCCUGGACCGACAUACGGGCCUGAGAUGCUCCUGCUGCCUCUCUCCUCCAUCAGUACCUCCGCUCCAACCAGGCAGGAGAGCACAAGCAUGUCCCCAUGUGUCCCGUGCCAACGGGGCCCAAGCAGAGCAGCAGGUCCACCCUGGGGCUCCAGGAGCCUGGCAGGGCUGCAGCUGCCGCUCCCAGGCAGGUCCCCUCUCCCCUGGGACCAGCGACCAGGAUGUCCCCCUGUGAGGCGUCUGAAGAGGCCUGGCUGUGACCCCCAUCUGGAGGCCAGGGGGGAGGAGGUCUCCCCCACCCCAGGGAGGGAGGCUGAUCAGCAGGCCCAUCUGGGGACGACCCCGCCCCCCAGAGCCCCAACCCACAGUGCCUGGAUCGGCUUCCCCUGCCUGGUAAGUCCCUCCGCGACUCCCAAGGGCCAGAUUCCCUCACCUUCCGUGUCAGGGCUGCAAACAGAGAAGUCUGGUGCUUAUGGGACCCCAGCACGUGCUUCUACAUGGAGGGAGUGUGUCAGGCUGGCCUGCAGGGCAACACAUCUUCAGGCCCGUGGAGAAUCUGAAAGAAGGUGUUUAGCGGGGGGCUGAGCGUAGAUGCGUCUGUAAUAUCUCUGUGACAGGGGCUUAUCACAGUGCUCAGUCUGUCAAGAUGCCACCCUAUGGAUACGUCUCACAGCGAGCUGGUGUCUGAUGCAUAUCUGGCUGACAGUGUGAGACUCGAAGGCAUUGUAGACAUCCACAGCACCCCGCUACGGCUCCCCGCUACGGCUCCCCGCUACGGCACCCCGCUA